AUGUCCAACGACUUUAUGGCAGUGGAGAUGAAGAACCGCAAGAUUCGCUUCAUCUGGAGCACCGGCAAGUCGGAGCGCAUCAUCAAGCACCAGCUGCCCAUUGCCACCAAUGACGCGCAGCUGAACAAGGACUCAAAGUGGUACAAGAUUGAGGUGAAGCGCUUCGGCAGUGUGGCCAAUCUCACCGUACAGCGGGUGCCAGAUGCGAACACCCAGGAUCCCUUCGAGGUGAGCGAAUCGCUGCAGUCCUCCGAUGAGUCAGUGGCCAAGAGGAUGGACCUCGACCGCAACUCCUACUUCUACAUUGGCGGCCUCCCACCGGAUCUAAUGCAGCCAUCGCGCCUCAUUCAGGCCCGCAGCUUUGCCGGCUGCCUCUACGAGCUCCACCUGGACGGAAAGAAGGUCGGCCUGUGGAACUUUACCUCCAACAUUGGCUGCGACGCUUGCAAGGAGGGCGCCACUGAGCCCAUAGACCCGACAAUGUACAACUUCAACGACGAGUUCGGCUACGGAAGGACGAGCCAGGCGCGCGGCUACAGCCCCAGCACCUACCUGGUCAGCUUCAGCUUCCGCAGUUUUGACGAGGACGCGCUGCUCUUCUUCACUGCCAAUCCGCUCACCAGGGACUACGUGGCCAUCUACCUGAAGGACGGCAAGGUCUACUAUGAGACGCACUUUGGAACGGGAAGAUCGGCCAGUUCCGGUUCCGGUUCGGGCACGACACUGACGGUGGUCUCCGCCGAGAAGGUGAACACCGGCGGGUGGGUGCAGUUGAGGGCGGAACGUGAGCUCGACUACGCAGUGCUUGAUCUCGGCAAUGGGCGCAUCACGGAGAAGAAGCUGGCCGGAGGAAAUGCCGCAGCGGCCGCCGCCAACCUUGAUCUCUCCCGCGCGGAGGUGUACUUUGGCGGCGUGACGCCCAACUUCAGCACUGCCGAGUAUCCGGGCGUCGUCUUCAGCAGCUUCGUCGGCUGCAUGAACAGUCCGCAGAUUGGCACCACGCCCAUAAACCUGCAGCGCAUCCAGUCCUUUGGCAUUGAGCCGGGAUGUCUGAACCGGCCGAUCAGGGUGGCCAGCUUCCGCGGCGACGGCUUCCUCGAGCUGGACGGACGGCCGUUGAAGGAGGACAAGGUGGAGUUUAGUUUCACCUUCAAGACGACGCGAAAGAGCGGCAUUCUCCUGCUGUCCACCUUUGAGGGCAAGUCGAGAGCGAAGGAGGAGCACUACUACUUCUUCUACAUCAGCAAUGGCAUGCUGGAGGUGCGCCUGAACGGCGGCGGCGGCUCUGAGACCUUCUACCACUUUGAGGGCGUCAAUGUCGCCGACGGGCGUUAUCACACGGUGACCUGCAUUAAGGACGGCCGUCGCUUCUCCAUUUACAUGGACGACGAAUUUGAGAGUCCGCCGCAGAAGCUGGUCAAGGCGAGGGGCAUCGAUGCGCCGCCCACUGGCGGCCUCUUUAUCGGUGGAACGCCGUACGGUUUCAACUCGGUGAACAAGGGCUACGCCACCAACUUCCACGGCGUCAUUCGGGACAUGGUCUUCGACUCAAAGUUGCUCAGUUUCAACAAGCCGGUGCAGUUCAGAGGCGUGGGCAUCGGCCGCGAGGGCGGUUCCCUCGACUGGGGCUGGGGCGGCACCGACGUGCUGGCGGGCACCAUCAACCGGGGCCACGUGAAGGCGACCAGCACGAGCACCUCUCAGCACAGCAAUGUUUCCCCGAAGCAACCACCUCCCUCGUCGCUUCUCUACGACGACCUCUACGACCAGAUGAUGUCCAUUCCGGCGGAGCACUACGGCCACAGCAGUGCCUGCGCCUCGCCGCACCACGCCAUGCUCACCACCACGGCGAUGGACGCCAUGGCCUUCGGCGACAGCCGCCGCUCCGCCAACAGCAGCUACAUUCAGCUGCCCACCGAGGACAAUGAGUUCUACGCGGACUUUAGCCUGUCCUUUGCCUUCCGCAGCUUCUACCCCAAUGGCAUUCUCUUUACGCUGGCCAGGGGCAGCCAUCACAAUCAGCAGCAGCAGUCGAGCAGUCGAAGCACACCCGGUAAGCCCGUCUUUGUGGUGGCGCUGGUCGACGGGACGGUGCUGCUGCGCAUGAAGAUGUCCGACCGCCACUACGUCGAACUGCACAGCUCAUCGACGCGCAAGCUGAACGACGGCAAGUGGCACCACGUGCUGGCCGGUCGGAAGAAGCUCUCGCUGUGGAUGAACGUCGACCUGAAGGACCGCGUAGAGAACAGCAAGCCGAAGCGGCGGCUGGCACUGAAGCGCGGCAUCCAGGCAUUCAUCGGCGGCCUUCCCGAGGAGUUUGCCAUCUUUGGCGCUUCGAACGCAGGUGGCCAGAGCAGUGCAGAGAACGAGCUGCAGACGGCGACAAACAAUGGGGCGGUGAGCGCCAGUGCCACCUUCCUGCCCACUCUGGAGGGCUUCAAGGGCUGCGUGCGCAAGGUCCUCCUCAAUGACCGCGCCAUUGACUUCCGCUCUCUGCCCCGUCUGCCCGAUGGCGUGGGCACCUGCUUCACGGAGAUCGAAAAGGGCAGCUACUUCCCCGGCGUGGAGGGCGCCAGCUUUGCCGUCUACGAUGACGCCUUCAACCUGGGCCUGAAGGCGGACAUCAGCUUCGACUUCCGCACCACCAGACAGGAGGGCGUCCUGCUCGCCCUCGCCAACGGCAGCGCACUGACCGGGCAGACGCCCUCGCUGGCGGUGGAGUUGACCACCGAAGACG